AUGCCUCUACUCCACCUCGCCAAGAACCUUCGCAUGUCCGUGAAGAAGCAGAAGUCCUGGGAAGGUUGGUACGAUGAAGCAUUGAAGGCCCGCAGUAAGAAAACCGUUCCAACGUCCGACCUAUACACAUACUUGCCGCGAUCUGCAGACUCGAACGGCAACGUUCUCAGAGAGGCGAAGCUGGCUAUCGUUGCUGGCGCUGAUACAAACGCUAUCACGAUGUCGAACAUUUGCCAUCUUCUAUGCCGGCAUCCUGAGUACCAGGCAAAGCUCUACGAUGAGUUGUCCGGCUUACAUUCUCUUUUCCCCAGCGACUAUGAUCUAUUGGACCAGCCUUACUUGAAUGGGAUCAUCAACGAAGCAUUGAGAUUGCAUCCGCCUGUUCCCUCCGGUCUUCAGCGUGUAACACCCGCAGAAGGCGUAGUCAUCGCCGGCCGACACAUACCGGGCCACAUGAAUGUCACAACGCCGACGUACGCGUUACAUCGAGAUAAACGCGCGUACGUUCGACCAAACGAGUUCAUUCCCGAACGCUGGUACUCGCGCCCCGACCUUAUCCUUCGCAGAGACGCAUUCGUUCCAUUUGGCUAUGGCGUGUACAACUGUGCGGGUAAGCCCCUCGCUAUGUUACAACUACGCAUGGUCCUCGCCAUGAUCUCCCGACGGUUCACCAUGGCAUUUGCUCCUGGCCAGGAAACUCUAUGCCAGUACUUCAUCGAUCAUCAAGCCGACUGCUUCACGCUCCACCUUCAGCCCCUUCCUUUGAUGUUCGAACGAAGAGGCGUGUGA